AUGGCGCAGACUCCACCAGUAGUGAACAUGGCGCAGACUCUGCCAGUAGUGAACAAGGCACAGACUCCACCAGUAGUGAACAAGGCACAGACUCCACCAGUAGUGAACAAGGCACAGACUCCACCAGUAGUGAACAAGGCACAGACUCCACCAGUACUGGACAUGGCGCAGACUCUGCCAGUAGUGAACAAGGCACAGACUUCACCAGUAGUGAACAAGGCACAGACUCCACCAGUAGUGAACAAGGCACAGACUCCACCAGUACUGGACAUGGCGCAAACUCCACCAGUACUGGACAUGGCGCAGACUCCACCAGUAGUGAACAAGGCACAGACUCCACCAGUACUGGACAUGGCGCAGACUCUGCCAGUAGUGAACAAGGCACAGACUUCACCAGUAGUGAACAAGGCACAGACUCCACCAGUAGUGAACAAGGCACAGACUCCACCAGUAGUGAACAAGGCACAGACUUCACCAGUACUGGACAAGGCACAGACUCCACCAGUACUGGACAUGGCGCAGACUCUGCCAACUCCACCAGUACUGGACAUGGCGCAGACUCUGCCAGUAGUGAACAAGGCACAGACUCCACCAGUAGUGAACAAGGCACAGACUCCACCAGUACUGGACAUGGCGCAGACUCUGCCAGUAGUGAACAAGGCACAGACUCCACCAGUACUGGACAUGGCGCAGACUCUGCCAGUAGUGAACAAGGCACAGACUCCACCAGUACUGGACAUGGCGCAGACUCUGCCAGUAGUGGACAAGGCACAGACUCCACCAGUAGUGGACAUGGCGCAGACUCCACCAGUACUGAACAAGGCACAGACUCCACCAGUACUGGACAUGGCGCAGACUCCACCAGUACUGAACAAGGCACAGACUCCACCAGUACUAAACAAGGCGCAGACUCUGCCA